UCCCCAUUUACCAGUUUUGCCAAGCAUGCACACACAUCACUUUUACCAAGUUAAGACUUGAAUCUUUGGAUACAAGUCCUAGUCAAGGCUCAUUGCUGAAAUUCUAUUCUAAUAAAAUUUCAAUAAAUGUUACGUUUUAAGUCCUUGAAGUUUAGUUUUAAGUUCCUGUGGUUGACUUUUAAGUCCUUAAGGUUGAGUCUUAAGUGCUUGAGUGUCAAGUCCUUGUUGAGUUUAUGUCUUUGAGAUUGAGUUUCAUCUCCAUGUUGUCAAGUUUUAAGUCCAUGUGGUUGAUAAGUCCAUGGGGUUGAGUUUCAAGCCCUUUUUGAUCGAGUCUCAAGUUUUUCAGGUCAAAUCUCAAGUCCUGAGUGUAGAGUCUCAAUCUUUUCAGGUCAAGUCUCAAGUCCUGAGUGUCGAGUCUCAAGCUUUUCAGGUCAAGUCUCAAGUCCUCAGUGUCAAGUCUCAAGUUUUUAAGGUCAAGUCUCAAGUCCUGAGUGUAGAGUCUCAAGCUUUUCAGGUCAAGUCUCAAGUCCUGAGUGUCGAGUCUCAAGUUUUUAAGGUCAAGUCUCAAGUCCUGAGUGUAGAGUCUCAAGCUUUUCAGGUCAAGUCUCAAGUCCUGAGUGUCGAGUCUCAAACUUUUCAGGUCAAGUCUCAAGUCCUGAGUGUCGAGUCUCAAGCUUUUCAGGUCAAGUCUCCAGUCCUCAGUGUCAAGUCUCAAGUUUUUCAGGUCAAGUCUCAAGUUUUUCAGGUCAAGUCUCAAGUCCUCAGUGUCGAGUCUCAAACUUUUCAGGUCAAGUCUCAAGUCCUCAGUGUCGAGUCUCAAGCUUUUCAGGUCAAGUCUCAAAUCCUGAGUGUCGAGUCUCAAGCUUUACAGGUCAAUUCUCAAGUCCUGAGUGUCGAGUCUCAAACUUUUCAGGUCAAGUCUCAAGUCCUGAGUGUCGAGUCUCAAGCUUUUCAGGUCAAGUCUCAAGUCCUCAGUGUCGAGUCUCAAGCUUUUCAGGUCAAGUCUCAAAUCCUGAGUGUCGAGUCUCAAGCUUUACAGGUCAAGUCUCAAGUCCUGAGUGUCGAGUCUCAAGCUUUUCAGGUCAAGUCUCAAGUCCUCAGUGUCGAGUCUCAAGCUUUUGAGGUCAAGUCUCAAGUCCUCAGUGUCGUGUCUGAAAUUCUUCAAGUAGAAUCUCACAUCCUUGUGGUCGAGUUUCAAGUCCUGGAUAGUUCUUGUGGUAAAGUUUCAUGUCUUUACAGUUGAGUCUCAAGUCUUUAGGUUUUAGUGUCAAGUCAUCAAGAUCACAUUUUAAGUGUUUGAGUUUCAAGUUUUUGUGAAACUUUCGGUGACCUAAAUUCAAGUUUCAGGUUUAAGUCACCAAAUUUUUGUUUUAAAAGUAUUUGAACCUUUCCUGAGGUUUUUCUGAAAAGAAACAAUGGCAAAGGGGGAAAUACUCUUUGAGUGUGGGAAGUCUUUUCAACUGUCAACAAGCUGUCGGACAUCGACUCUGCCACCCACACCCCCAACCCU